AUGUGUGACGAAGCCAUUUUAACGUCCAAUUUCGUCGACACGGUCUUUUACAAGCAAUAUUUGCGGUCUACAGAUAAAGCCCACCCGUAUUACCUUGAGGGCAUCCCAAAGUCCGUUUGUUCAGUCAACGCCACAACGAGCCACUCGUUCACUUUGUCUAUAAAGAUCGUCAAACUGAAUGUCCACUUUCUCCGUUACACAAGCUUAGAACCACUGACUGGUCUAACCAUGGCUCCUCACAAGUUAGAAUGCAAACCUCUGGACAAGACGCAUGUCGCGCGGGUUUCCAUUUCACCACCACUGACUUCGACGAAUGACGUACUGAACGAAGACGUCCUGCUCAUGAUUGUGUCUUAUCUCGCCGCCCCUGACAUCCACUUUCUUUCCGCCACCUCGCGGCAGCUGAGCUAUGUCGCACGUCCCCGAGUACUUGCGAAACUGGUGAUCAAGAGGUUCCACGAAUUCGACAAGGCCUACGAGCUCUACAUGUCCGACGGACCGGGACGACUCGAAUACCUCCGCGAGCUCAAGACAUGGCUAGGUGACAGGUUCGUUAAGCGAAUUGCGGUGUCCUUUGCCGAUCUUUUGGAAAAGGCGCCGAAUCUGCAGCAUAUUGUGCUCAAUAACGCAGAAACAUGGCUAUGA